AUGAUCAUAUUGCCAAACUCGCUGAGAUCAUCGCUCCUUCAGUGGGCCCAACGGGUCGAAUUUUUGGAUAAGCUUUCGAGGCAGCAAAGAGCUUGGGAUUUGUUCGUCGAGAGGAGGAUUUUGAUGGAACAGGGUAGAAAACCUGGCAUACUGACCACAGAGCAGGUGAACAGCAUCCGCGCCGUUGAAGAGAGUGGGGAGAGUAUCUGGAGUAGUGAGGGCAUUCCUUCCCUACCACAUCCUUGUACUGGGAUUCCGUUUUGUAUAGAUUGGCCAGGAUCGCCUCCCGGAUCAGAUCCGCCCUCAGGACCUGAGGCACCGUCGGAUCCAAAUCCGCCACCGGGACAAAAUCCUCCGUCACAACCAAAUUCGCCAUCAGAUCCAAACCCGCCAUCAGACCCAAACCCGCCGUCAGAUCCAAACCCACCGUCAGAUCCAAUCCCACCAUCAGAUCCAAUACCACCGUCAGAUCCAAAUCCGCCACCGGGACAAAAUCCUCCGUCGAAACCAAAUCCGCCUUCAGAUCCAAACCCACCAUCCGGUCCAAACACGCCUGCCGCACCGGAUCCGCCACCAGGACCCGACCCGCCUCCUCCAGCGACCGAAGAAUCGAUCAGACUUGCUAACGAAUUACCACCACUUCCAAAAGCGUUACAUCUGCAAGGUCGAUUUGACCAUUUGGACCUUGUCCGCCUGGUCCCCGGGAGAUAUCGAACGUUGCCGCUUGACGCCAAAAUAGUCUAUGUCACCAAAUACGGCGAGGAUGUUUGGAGCCAGCGACUUCGAUACUUCAAGGACGCCGAGGCGGCAGCUGUAGGUCUUCAAAACCAGCCGUUGACGGAUUGGAACUUCGAUCACAACGGUGAUCUUGUCGACUAUCGAGGAACGCCGACUAGAGAACUCAGAAAGGGGAAGCUUCCAAAGGGGGUGGAUCGAGAGAAAUUCCGGUCGGACGUGCGUCGCAUGGGAGAGGAAAUUGAUAGGCUCCAAGAUAUGGAAGAUGUGGAACGAGAACGGGCUUCGAACGCGAACCCGCCGGCCCCACCCCAGGGCCCGCCCCCUGAACCACCGCAUUAUGUACCAAUACCCGCACCCUCACCCUCACCCUCACCCAUACCCACACCCACACCCACACCUCCACCUCCACCUCCACCUCCACCAGAGCCUACGCCUUCACCGCCACAGCCUCCGCCCGCACCCCCGGAGACUACGCCUCUACCUCCUGCCGAACACCACCAUCAUCAUCAAUAUCCUCAACCCCAUCACCAUCCCCAUCGUCCCCAGCUGCCUCACCACAAGACGAAAGACUAG